AUGGCUCCCCCUCCCCUAACGCCUGAGGAUGACCGGAUCACCCACCACUCGGUCCCCAUCGACAGCCACAUCUACCAUUACAUUCAGUCGGUCCCGGAAUCAGUCGAGCCCCGUGGCACUAUCCUCCUGCUACAUGGCUGGCCCGACACUGCUUUGACCUGGCGUCACCAGAUCCCCCUGCUGACCGCACCCCCACUCAACCUGCGCGUCGUCGCCCCCGAUAUGCUGGGCUACGGCCGGACCUCAGCGCCCGCAGACCCGGCCGAAUACAGUCUGAGAAAGAUAUCGAGCCACAUGCGGGCCCUGGUUAGCCACGUGAUCGACCAAGACGACCAGCAAGACAAAAUAUCGCCGUUGCUACUGGCCGGCCACGACUGGGGGGCUGCGCUGGCCUGGCGCAUGGUCGCCCUGUGGACGCCAUCACUAUUCACCGCCGUCGUCUGCCUCAACGUCCCAUACUUGCCCCCGGAGACAGGUCCGUUUGUGGAUCUGCAUGACUAUGUCGCCAACAUCCCGUCGCUCCGCUACCAAGUGCAAUUGUGCGGUGACGAGGCCGUGUCGAUCAUCGACGACGCCUCGUCUUCGCACGCAAACCUGCGCGGCUUCAUCAAUGGCAUCUACGAUGGCCGUGGGCCUCACGGCGAGGAGGCAUUUACUGUGGACGAGGGGGUGCGGCCCGCCGAGGUACUACGUGUCAUAGGGCCUGCUAGGUUGAUGGGGGAGGAAUGGGUGGACUUCUACGUCAGGCAAUUCGCGGAGAGGUCGUUCCGCUGGCCGACAAAUUGGUACAGGACUAGGGCGGUCAACUACGAGGAUGAGAAGGCGGCGGCCAAGAACGAGGUUGUGAUCAAUGUGCCUGCCAUGGUGAUUAUGGGGGAGCAGGACGAGGCCCUGCCACCGAGCCUGGCUGAUGGGAUGGAAAGGUGGUUCAAGAAGGGAUCUCUGAGAAAGGAAGUCGUAGGGGGAGGGCACUGGGCUCACUGGGAGGCCGCCGAGCGAGUGAAUACUUUACUUGAGGGAUUUUUGGGGGUUGUUUUGGACGGGUAG